AUGCUGCCCCGGCGGCCGGCGGGAGGGGCGCCGGCGCUGCCGGAGGUGAGCGGCCGGGCCCUUCGCCCUCCAGGGGCCGGGGCGCAGGGGGUGGAGGCGGGCGUCGGGCCCGCGGGCCGGAGGAGGGUGGCGGCGGGAGGGAGGCCGGGCCGCCGGCGGGGAGCCGCGAGAGGGGCCGGGCGGGCCCGCGCACGGAGAGCUCGCGGGCGGCGCCUGGGGAGCGAGCGGCGGCGAGCCGGGCGCUGCGGGCCGAUCGGGGACGCGCCGCGCCGGGCCGCCGAGCUGCUGCGCCCGGACCUCGCGGCCCCCGAAGCCGGCGUCUCGGAGCGCGGGCGGGAGCCAUGGCUCCGCGCGUCCCCGCCGCCGCCGCUGCUGACUCGGCACAAUCCGCGGGGCGCGCGGGGGGCGCGGCGUAACCGGUGGGCGGCGGCGCGGAGCGGCCGGAGGAGCUGCCGGAGGCGCGCCGGGUCCGUGGGAGCCGAGGACGAUGCCAGCACAAAGGCGGGCACAGCCCCGGCCCGCGGCGGGGGGCGGCGGGGACGGCCGCUGAGGGCGCGCCCCGCUCCUGCCGCGUCUCUCCGGGCGCUGCCGUGGGUCCCGGGGCGGAGACGGCGGCGCACGGUCCUCCGGCCCCGGAGCAGCGGCCGCCGCAGCCAGGAGCUGCAUGCGACGCGCAGCGGCGCUCCGGCCGCCAGCUUCCCCGCGGCGCGCGGACCGGCGGAGAGCACCCGGGCGCGGGUCCCGACAUCGACGACUGCGGGGCCUCCCGCCCGCGCCCGUCCCCGUCCGCUGAGCCCGGAUCCCCAAAUGUGUGGUGUGCACGGUGAGCUGGAGAAACGUCGUUUUAACUCAGAAUUCGGGAAGUGAGAUGUUCAGGUAGGAACAUCUACCUGCAACGAGCAGUGAUCUGGAAAUGAAGAUCUCUCGGUCUGUGGCUGACGUCCUCAGUGCUGUCUGCCACGUGGCCUGGACUUAGGCUUCUCGGAGCAGGCUGCCAGGCCAGGCGCGCCCUGGAGUAAUUCAGUAGGUGGGUGAUACCCGGAUGGUAGACAAGACGGUGAUUCCGAGGAGGUGAAGCGGCUGUUGGAGUGAGACCCCGGGAGAGCUUGGCAGAGGUAGAGGACGUGGCCUGCCAGCCUGCCACCACCGAGAAGGGAGGAGGGCAUCCCUUUCUGAUGGGAAACAACUUCUGACUUUCGGGAUGUGGACUCCUCUAGAAUCCACCCCCUCCAGAGGCAGCAGGUCACAGAGGAACCAGCUGGAUGCGUUGUGCGUGGAAAGCUUGUGCAGCGGUGAGCAUCACAGAGAGAGGAGACGUUCUUGAUCGGAGGACUAGGAAGUGUCAUCACUCAGCUCACCCAGCUGUUGCCACGUGGGAAUUUUGUGUCUUCAGAUAUUUCAAAUGAAGCUAAAGAUGUACCUUUGUAUGUAAAGCAUCCCUUGACUGUAAUAUGUGGGUAAUUAAAUGUUGUCAGAACAGC